CAACACCCAACAUUGGUUAAUAAUAACACCCCCUUUCCCUUUGUUAACCACUAGUUCUAAGGGUCCUCCCAAUGCAGAAGCAACUGCCAACACCCACUCCCCUUGUUUCUCUCGGCUAAAUGCUAAUGGCAGCAGCAACGUUCAACUCUCUCACCCUCCCCUUCUCCAAACCAGAAUUCCCAUUCUCCUCCAUUGCAAGAACCCAUGUUCCCACCCCCACUCUCAACCUUUCUUGGUUCAGGCCUAAUGGCUUCCUUCUAUGCUCCCUUUCAAGUGAUCACCCCACCACCGCCACGGGUGGCCAACUUCACCAUAAGGCCAACACCAACAGCACCGACCCUCAGCCUCAAAUUCAUACUUGUACAUGGAACUGGAAGGGCUAUUCUAUUCGCUAUCAGUGUUCUGGAAGUAGCGGUCCUGCCUUGGUUUUAGUACAUGGUUUUGGAGCAAACAGUAAUCAUUGGAGGAAAAAUAUUCCUGUUCUAGCAAAAUCACAUAGGGUAUAUGCAAUUGAUCUUAUUGGCUAUGGAUACUCGGACAAACCGAAUGCUCGUGAAGUUGGGGACUCAUUCUAUACAUUUGAGACUUGGGGUUCCCAAUUGAAUGAUUUUUGUAGCAGUGUGGUUAAAGACAAAGCUUUCUUUAUUUGUAACUCUAUUGGAGGACUGGUUGGCCUUCAAGCUGCAGUCGCAAAGCCGGAGAUCUGUAGGGGUUUAUUCCUAUUAAAUAUCUCUCUGCGCAUGCUUCAUGUCAAAAAGCAACCAUGGUUUGGAAGACCUUUCAUAGCGUCAUUUCAGAGUUUGCUUAGGAACACUGCAGUCGGCAAACUUUUCUUCAGAUCCGUUGCCACACCGGAGUCUGUUAGAAGUAUUCUUUGUCAGUGUUACCAUGACACCUCUCAAGUGACCGAAGAACUAGUUCAGAUUAUCCUACAUCCAGGACUUGAAACUGGCGCUGUUGAUGUUUUUCUUGAGUUCAUAUGCUACUCAGGUGGUCCCCUGCCUGAGGAAUUACUUCCGCAGGUUGAAUGUCCUGUCUUGAUAGCAUGGGGUGACAAGGAUCCAUGGGAAAGCAUCGAACUCGGAAGAGCCUACGGGGAUUUUGAUACCGUAGAAGACUUUGUCGUCCUCCCCAAUGUUGGCCACUGCCCUCAGGAUGAAGCUCCACAUCUUGUGAAUCCACUAGUAGAAUCAUUCGUGUCUCGCCAUUCUAAAUCUCCGGCUAAUGCUUCCACAACCAUUUGAACAGACGGUGGAGCUUUUGUUGCUGCUCCUUUAUCCAGUAUAGAUAUAUCACAAUGUUCCUUUGCAAAGGCUAUCGUAAGCUCCCACACUGUACAUAAUUUAUAUAGCAUGUCAAAAAGCAACCCAAAGUUCUCUUUAUGAAUUCCUUUUACAUGUACCAUAAUGUUGCAUUUCAAUGCCUGACCAAUUGUAUUCAAAUAGUUAAGCAAAUUUUUUAGAAGAGUAUGGUACAAGAUGAUUUUUUUUAAA